GCUGAUACAUGCACUAUGCAAUGACCCGUUGCAAGCCUUUUUGGUAUCUUUCGAACGAACAUUUAUGCCAAAUAUAUUUACAACGCUGUGGUUUAUGUUAUAAUAAGUGAUAUGUCAAAUUUUAUUUCUAAAAACGGAAAACAACAUGUUUCCGAUUGCACAAAAUCGAAAGCGAAAGUAGGACAAACCGAAGAUCAAGAAUUCCCAUAAGUCGAAGCGUGCCGGCGACCAUUCCUGUCGUCGAUGUGUUGGCUGGGGCCUGUCGUCACCAUCUAACCUUUCUGUUGUUACUUUACAACUGUCUGAACGGCGAUAUCGUAUAAAACGACAUACAGAUACUUCUGUCUGUUACAAGAAUCAUUGACGUAAUAUGCAUCGGAGAGGUGCAAGUAAGGGGCCUAGUGGCAGUGCUGUCGUCACAGCCAGAGGCCAAUCAGCCGAACGUCCGGUUGAUGACACUGCUUGGAGUGAGGAUGACAUGGAUGAGGUCAGCCCUAAGCGUGAGGCCAAGCGUCAAAGGGGUAGGAGACAAAAUGAAUGGUUCAUGGAAUGGCCUGUAGUACUUGGUGUACUUGUACUGGUGGUGGUGGUGCUGUCGGUGCUGGGGUAUUUUGUUGCUAACCUUACUUCCCGAUUCCAAGAAUUGGAAAGAAAAGUAUCUUUUGACAAGAAUAGAAUAGAAGAAUUGGAAAGAAAAAUAUUAAUUGACAAAGAUAUUGAUCAGUUGCGAGAUGAUAUUAACACAUUGGAAACCAGGAGUUCAGAUUUGAAAUCUGUUGUUGAAAAAAUGGAUGAAACCAUUCCCAAGUUAGUGGCUGAUGUUGAAAAAUUAGAUAAUACAUUUGGAAUACUGAAACCAAAAGUUGAUGAAGUAGAUGAAACAGUUGUCGAAUUGAAACCAAAAGUUGAAAAAAUGGACGAAACUGUAGUAACAUUGGAACCAAAAAUUAAAACAUUAGAUGAAAUUGCAACAAAAUUGGAACCAAAAGUUGGAAAACUAGAUGAAACUGUAGACAUAUUGAAACCAAAUGUUGAAAAUUUGGAUGAAAUUGUUGCCAAAUUGAAACCAAAAGUUGAGAAAAUGGACGAAAUUGUAGUAACAUUGGAACCAAAAAUUAAAAUGCUAGAUGAAGUUGCAGCAAAAUUGGAACCAAAAGUUGGAAAACUAGAUAAAACUGUAGUCACAUUAGAACCAAUAGUUGAGAGAAUGGAUAAGGCUGUAGCCAAAUUGGAACCAAGUGUUGAAAAUUUGGAUGAAAGUGUUGCCGAAUUGAAACCAAAAGUUGUGAAUAUGGACGAAAUUGUAGUAACAUUGGAACCAAAAAUUAAAAUGGUAGAUGAAGUUGCAACAAAAUUGGAACCAAAAGUUAGAAAAAUAGAUGAAACUGUAGUCAAGUUGGACCCAAAAAUUGAGGAAAUGGAUAAAGCUAUAGACAAAUUGGAACCAACUGUUGGAAAAUUAGAUAAAACUGUCCUCGUUAUGGAACCAAAAGUUAAUGAUUUAAAAAAAACUGUUGACCAAUUGGAUGGAAGAGUUCAAGAUUUGGGCAGCAAAGUAUCCGGUACAGAGAAACUGAGAGAAAAUGUUACAGAGAUUCGUGAUCUCUUGGAUAACCUUGGAAAUUAUUCUUGGAAAAAACUGCCAGAGAGUCUAAACAGGUUAGACAACCUGGAGCUAACCUCACGCUCUCAAUAUUCCUACAUAUAUCUGCUGCUUCUGAUGACCGUUGGUCUGACCCUUUGGUCAUUGUACAGCUAUUCACAGAUGCCGGGUAUGAAGAAUGCUUUGGUCAAUCAACAAUAUGAGCUUACAUCCCAGUCAGGUGACCAGACACCUUCUGUGCAUGAGGAGUCGUAUUGGCCGGUCGGGUCAGUACUCGAUAGCAUACAGCUGUCAACCCUAGCCAGGCAGAUAUGUGUGGUCAGUUUCUACUCAGAGACCAAGGCAUUCCAUAUGCGACUUGUUGAAUCGGCCUGCAGUAGUGGUGAGCUCAGCAAAGUGGACAAAGUUGGCUCCCUUGUCUCGAACCAUGAAACCAUCCCUAAGCUGCCCCGUGCCAAAAUUUUCCUGGUAUUUGUUGACUUCAAUGAGCGAGACAUAAUUCUGGAGCACCCGGACAGAGAGAUUGGUGACCUCAGGAUGACCACAGUCCAGGGAGCUCGCAAAAUGGGAGGUGAUGUGUUUGUGGUGUACGUGAAGGACAAAGGUUCGCAAAAUCUCAACUCUGAUCACCUGUAUAAUGAACGUUUGAGGUCCAUCAUAACACAUCCAGAACUGUCCGUUCUCAGUGGAAAGCAGCGUGUGUUGACAACGUAUGACGAGUUUACGACGUUCCAGCGCACUCACCUAGCAAAGAGUUUCGUGAGGACUCUACAGAGAUAGAAGCAGUGCCACGCAAUGACAAGAAGAUCAGUUUAGAUUUACCUUAAGGACAAUUAUUAGUUUAGAAUGCUUUUAUCUCCUUUCAGAUGAGUUUCACUACAGGAAAUUCUCCUAAGUCUAUAUUUGAUACUAUUUACCAAGAAAUUUUCAUGGCUGUUCAAUUUUUGCCUUUUUUGCCCCUUGCAAUAAGGGCAAAUUUAUCAUGACAUCGUUCAUUUGUACACUGUUCACCAUUUUUAGUGAUAACAUGUCAAGGGCGAAAUUUACACCGGGUGAAUAUAGAUUUUACCAGUGAAGGGCAAAUAUUUGACUGGGCGAAAGUUUGCCGGUAUACAGUAUAUGGUUCUUGGAGCUCAUUUUUACCGUCAUCAGAUGGUGGGCUAUUCAAAUCACCCUGCGUGCGUGGGGAGUGUCCGUGUGUCCGUCCGUCCAUCUGCCCAUCAACCUUUGGUUUCUGUAUUAAAAAAUCACUUAAGCACUAUUGAUUUAGAUGAAACAAGGGGAGGCAUGUACAAUUUACAAUGUCUAGGGUUAAUGUGGAAGAUUAGUAAAAUCUGUGUAUCAUUAAUAAGCAAACUGAGGCCUGAUUCGUCAAUGUGCACACCUUAGUUUCUGCAUGAUAAACUUGUUUAAAUAUCAUUCGAUUGUAAUGAAGCUUGCAUCGGAAAAUAUGUACAAUAUACAAAGACCAAGCCUUCAUUUUGUAAGUUUGAAGUUGAGUGAAAUCAAUUCAUACUGAAGUUUUCGCAAAGCCUACAUUUUGAAAGUUUGAAGUUGAGCAAAAUCCAUGUACACUGAAAUUUCCACACGAUAACUUGAUUAAAUACUACCAGAUGAAGCCUGGUCAGUAUCUGUAUUGCCCUAAGACUAAAGCUUACUAGGUAUUGAUUGGCUAAUACUUUGAUAUUAUAUUAUAAAGGAGAAACAUAGGUGUAUAGGAAGGGGGAUAUAACUGGGAAUAAAUUACACAACAUACAGAAGGUUUAUGAUAUUGUGGGAGAUUAUCAAAACAAUAUUUCCAAAAAAGUUUGAUUUCGUGACAUAACUAAAUGUACAUACCGGUAUAUUAAAUGGCAGCUCCGGCUGUAUGCUCCCAGGGAGUUGAGAAAGGUAUUGGCUGGUUGCAAAGGCCCUAUAACCACGGA